CGUUCCUCCCUUUCUCCUCCCCCGUUCUUCUUUUCGUCUCUGCUUCUUUUUCCCCUUCUCUAUUUUUCUUUCAUCUUCACUCCUUUAGCUGGUUGUCGUUUCCAGCCUAUUUCCUUUUUUCUAAUCCCCCUCCCCUAAUUCUUACAGCUGGGGCUGUGGACCAUCAAAAUGAGCGGCCUCCGAUUCCUCGACCUGAUCAAACCUUUCACGCCCCUCCUCCCGGAGGUGGCAGCCCCGGAAACGAAGGUUCCCUUCAACCAGAAGUUAAUGUGGACGGGUUUGACCUUGUUGAUCUUCUUGGUCAUGAGUCAGAUGCCUCUGUACGGCAUUGUCUCCUCCGACACCUCGGAUCCUCUGUACUGGCUGCGUAUGAUGCUGGCCAGUAACCGGGGUACUCUGAUGGAACUGGGUAUCACCCCCAUCAUCUCCUCCGGCAUGGUUUUCCAGCUCCUCGCUGGUACCCACCUCAUCGACGUCAACCUGGACCUCAAGACCGACCGUGAGCUGUACCAGACCGCUCAGAAGCUGUUCGCGAUCAUCCUCUCCUUCGGCCAGGCCUGUGUCUACGUCCUGACUGGUCUCUAUGGCCAGCCCAGCGACCUCGGCGCCGGUAUCUGCGUUCUGCUGAUCGUUCAGCUGGUCGUUGCCGGUCUGGUUGUCAUUCUGCUGGACGAGCUGCUCCAGAAGGGAUACGGCCUGGGCAGCGGUAUCUCCCUGUUCAUCGCCACCAACAUCUGUGAAUCCAUCGUCUGGAAGGCGUUCUCCCCCACGACCAUCAACACCGGCCGUGGCCCCGAGUUCGAGGGUGCCAUCAUCGCCCUGUUCCACCUUCUGUUGACCUGGUCCGACAAGCAGCGUGCUCUGCGUGAGGCCUUCUACCGCCAGAACCUCCCCAACGUCAUGAACCUGCUGGCCACUCUCCUGGUCUUCGCCGCCGUCAUCUACCUGCAGGGCUUCCGCGUUGAGAUCCCCGUCAAGUCCUCCCGCCAGCGUGGAAUGCGUGGCUCCUACCCCGUCCGUCUCUUCUACACCUCCAACAUGCCCAUCAUGCUGCAGUCCGCCCUGUGCUCCAACAUCUUCCUGAUCAGUCAGAUGCUGUACUCGCGCUUCUCGGACAACAUCCUUGUCAAGCUCCUCGGAGUCUGGGAGCCCCGUGAGGGAUCUGCCCAGCUGCACGCCGCCUCGGGUAUCGCCUACUACAUGUCUCCCCCCCUCAACUUCAAGGAGGCUCUCCUUGACCCCAUCCACACCGCCGUCUACAUCACCUUCAUGCUGGUGGCCUGUGCUCUCUUCUCCAAGACCUGGAUCGAGGUCUCCGGCUCCGCUCCCCGUGACGUUGCCAAGCAGCUCAAGGACCAGGGACUCGUGAUGGCCGGUCACCGUGAGCAGAGCAUGUACAAGGAGCUCAAGCGUGUCAUCCCCACCGCCGCCGCUUUCGGUGGUGCUUGCAUCGGUGCCCUCUCCGUCGCUUCGGAUCUCCUUGGUGCCCUGGGCAGCGGUACUGGUAUUCUCCUUGCCGUGACCAUUAUAUACGGAUACUUCGAAAUUGCCGCCCGCGAGGGCGACAUCGGAUCGGGUCUUAAGGGCCUUGUUCCCGGUAACUAAGCAGGGACCUUCUCUGUCUUCUUGAUGAAGUUCGUACGAGAAAGAAGAACGAAGGUUUUGAUGCGUUUGUUAUAUUUCGUUCAUUCCCGGGUGGUGCACUGUUGUGGUAGUAGACUUUGUUGUUGAAUGUUGGCGAAAAUUUGGGAAAUGUAAGGUAGAUGGGAGGUGAUGGGGAGGCCGACGGAUGGUUUUCCGCCGGAAAAAGUGCCGCCGCAACUGUACAUAGCACCAACCUGGUUUGUAACCAUAUUUCUUUUUUUUUUUCUCCAUCUGUUUGAAAAGGACACGAAAAUUACAAUUUAAUUCGGCG